AUGGGGGAGCGGAGGGGACAGGAUAACGGACCGACGCAGGGCGAUCUAACAAUGGAGGUUUACGAUAGACCUCCGCCAUACUCUGCAACUGACUUUGAGAAGAACUCGCCACCGGUACCUCCAAGAGGUGCUCCGGAAGUGCCCCCCAGAACACAUGAAACUUCGCCCCCUGUUCCUCACAGGAAUUACAACGUAGAGUCUUCGUCGGGCAAGACGAGUCUGCCAACUGCAGAUCCAACGAUGUUUUUCACAGGGAGAUCCCACUUGGUACCGCUCCCUGCGAACGUGUCACGUCCCACGCAGACCAACAAGUUCUACGGGAAUAUGCUAUUAGGAACGCAAAGACAGCCAGUCUGGACACAUCCUUACUCGCUGUGGUAUACCGGUGAUGGCCUUGCAUUUACACACAUUAGAGAGGAGCAGAAGGUGUUGGGGGGUCCCGAUGUCAUCCCUCAGUACUAUUUUUCCCCCGUUGGGAUCAGAUCCUUUAUCCUAGGCGCUAUGGAGUCCUCGGAACUGAACUUGCAAGUUGGGAAAACCACGCACAUGUCCUGUGAAGUUACUCUAUCCAACGGUGGCCCUGGUUACAUUCGGGUGCCACUGGUUCAAGGGAGCGGCUUUAUCACUGGAAUAUACAACAACUUUACACCAAAACUCAGUACCGCUGUCGGGUUCAGACAAUUCAAUGCAGUGAACUGGACCAACGACCUCGGCAUCAAGAAAUAUCAAGUAAUUUUGGAGGAUGCCGUGACUUGGACAAUAUACUUGCAAUCGACAGAACCAACUGUGGAUUUAAUCUUUUCGGACGCAAACACUAUUGUCGCAAAUCAGGCACCGGCCAACUGCACCUUGCAGGUAGUGGCUUCUACAAGCGGCAACAUCGACCAGGCUGCAGGCUGCUACCCUGUUGGUUGCAAUGUCACCACUAAUGCUGUUUCCUCGGACAGCGCAAGUUACUCGCUUUCAUACACUACUGAGGGUCACUCACAAUCGGGUAAAACUUUGAUGUAUGCUAUGCCACACCACCUCGAUUACCUAGAUUCGACGUUUGUAGACUCGUUUAGUGUGAACUUUCCCUUGGUCUCAACAGUAUGUGGCACAAUGGAAGGUUUCAUCACCAAUGAAUUCAGCAUGCAACAACUACCCUUGGUUUCCAAGUUGUCCUUUGAACCGUUUACGACGAUUCCAGGACUGGAUCAACCAAAUUAUAAGCCCGAUGUAUUGGCCAAAAUUCUGGCAGCAGCACGUUCAGAAAUUGCUAGCGCCAACGUCCCUGAGGAAUCUAACCUGGACUCGAUGUAUUUUUCAGGUAAAGCACUGGCAAAGUAUGCCUGGAUGCUAUACUGUUGCCAUUUCAUCUUAGGGGAUGAGUCCCUGACACAACAACUGCUAAAUUCAUUGAAAGAAGCUAUGAACCGAUUCGUAACUAAUCAACAAAAACUGCCUCUCAUAUACGACACCACAUGGAAGGGGAUCAUAUCAUCAGGCGACAGUUCACAAGAUUUUGGGAACUCGUACUACAAUGACCACCACUUCCAUUACUCGUAUCAUGUCAUAGCGGCAGCAAUUAUCGUAAAGGUGGAGCUUUCUUUGAAUAACAACGACUCCCCUUGGCUAGCGCAAAACAAAGAUUGGGUCGAAUUUUUGAUUAGGGACUACGCCAAUGCGUCUGCUGACGACCCUUUCUUUCCUCAGUUUAGAUCCUUUGACUGGUUCAACGGACAUUCUUGGGCAAAGGGACUUUUUGAGAGUGGGGACGGUAAAGACGAGGAAUCAAGUUCUGAGGACGUGAAUGCCUCAUAUGCACUGAAGCUUUGGGGAGAGGUCACCAAAAACAGCGAUUUAGAGUUUCUCGGUUCAAUCCAGCUAUCCAUCUUGGCCUCAUCAUUGAACCAUUACUUUCUAUACUCUGAUGGUAAUACCACUCUUCCCAAAAGCUUCAUUCCAAAUAAAGUUAGUGGAAUCCUGUUCGAGAAUAAAAUAGACCAUACGACGUAUUUUGGGAAUGAAUUACAGUACAUUCAAAUGAUCCAUGCGAUUCCCAUUACUCCAGCUUCAUCCUUCAUUCGGACGCCAAAAUUUGUUCGGGAAGAAUGGGAGGAAAAGCUGGCACCCAUUCUCAAUAACGUCAACGAUGGCUGGAAGGGAGUAAUGAUGUUGAACAUGGCAUUAUUUGAUCCAGCUGGUUCCUAUGCGUUUUUUCUCAAGAGGGAUUUAAUUUUAGCUGGUUAG